AUGGAGAGCUACUCGCUGUCAUAUGCAUCCCUGUGCGGCCUUGCAGUUGUUGUAGCAGGCUGGCUGCUACACUGCGUGUACAAGUGGAGGAAUCCUCCCUGCAACAUUGGGAGGCUCCCUCCUGGAUCCAUGGGCUUCCCUCUCGUUGGCGAGACCUUCCAGUUCCUCAGGCCAAGCCCUUCUCUCGAUAUCCCAGCCUUCUACAAGCAAAGGCUGGAAAGGUAUGGCCGGCUGUUCAAGACGAACCUGGUGGGUCACCCUGUGGUGGUGUCCAUGGACGCCGAGGUGAACCGCUUCAUCUUCCAGCAGGAAGGCAAGCUGUUCCGUAGCUGGUACCCGGACACCACCAACGACCUCUUUGGAAAGGAGAGCAUGGUCUACUACGACGGUUCCGUCCACAAGUACGUCCGCAGCUUCGCGGCCAGGCUCUUCGGCAUCGACAGCCUCCGGGACGUUCUAACAUUCGCUGAGAUGGAGCACAGCGUGACGCAGAACCUGGCCGCGUGGGCCAUGGAGCCUUUCAUUGAGGUCAAGGACGCCGUGGCCACGAUGAUAUUUGACCACAUGGCCAAGAAGCUUAUUGGUUUUGGCCCCGACAAGUCAAGGAAGCUUAGGAAGAACUUCGAUGCCUUCUUCCAGGGAAUGGUCUCAUUCCCGCUGUAUUUCCCUGGGACAACAUUCUACGGAUGCAUACAGGGAAGGAAAAAGCUUCAAAAUGUACUCAAGGACCUACUAAAAGAAAGGCUCAGUACACCUCAGAUGCGACACGGCGAUUUCCUCGACGAGGUGGUCGACGAGCUCCGGAGUGGGACAGGAACGAUGCACGAGAAAUUUGCUGUAGAUUUUGUUGCCGCCCUCUUGUUCGGCACCUUUGCGACGAUCUCGUCAGCGCUUGCGGUCGGUAUGAAGCUCCUCAGCGACCAUCCUAACGUAGUAGAAUCACUCAAGGAGGAGCAUGAAGCGAUUCUCAAGAAAAGAGAGGAUGGAAGAACUGGGAUCACAUGGGAUGAAUACAAGUCCAUGGCAUUCACUGCUCAGGUCACGAAUGAGAUAGUUCGCAUCAGUAACGUGUCCCCUGGAAUAUUCAGGAAAGCACUGACAGAUGUGCCAGUGAAAGGCUACACGAUUCCCGCCGGUUGGCUGGUGAUGAUCAGCUCCAUGGCUAUCCAUCUGAACCCAGAAUUAUAUGAAGAUCCACUAACCUUUAAUCCAUGGAGGUGGCAGGAUGAGUCGAACAAGAGCACUCUACUCAAGAACUUCAUGCCAUUCGGAGGGGGGACGAGGCAUUGUGUGGGAGCAGAGUUCAGCAAGAUUCAGAUCGCCAUCUUCCUCCACACCUUGGUGACAAACUACCGAUGGAAGGAGAUAAAAGGAGGCGACGUGCAACGCAUAACGGAGGUCGUGUUUCCAACAGGCUAUCACAUCCAGAUAAUCCCAAGGGAGGGAUAA